UCAUGGAUUUAUUUUCAAGAUAUAUUCUCUAAAAUUGGGAAGAACGCGUUCAUCCACGUGGAACCAGCGCAGGUAUUUUUUCAAAUAAAGCCUACGGUCAAAAUGCCAUCCUUGAUGAGAACGACGCUUAUGUUGAUAAAUGUAGCAAGGUCCACCACUCGCGUGAAUAUUGUUCCGCCGUACACAAAAUAUUUCAGCCUUUCAUACAAAGUUCCACAGCGAUUUGUUCCUGGGGCUCGAAUCACCUGCCGCGUCCACUUCAAGCCAACGGAGCACCGCUAUUACGAGGAUGCCAUCCUGGUCCACACAGAGGAUCACGACAGAAACUUGAUCAUUCCACUAUACGGUUAUCCGGUGAUUGAGGGUUUACGUUUGCCGCAGCACAUAACACUACCGCCAGUACCAUUGGGACACACGUGGUCACAUACGAUUCUAUUGAAAUGCAGCUCAAAAGUGGACUUCAACUUCAUGCUUCAGAAAAUUCAAGAUCACGCGAGUUUCACAGUUAGCCCCGACAAAGCCAACGAAGGCCAGAUGGCUCAGUGGUUAGAGUGCGAAUUUAUUGGACAUAAGGUCUGUGGUUCGAAUCCGAUCUCCGCCUCUCGACUUCAGCUGUCCAAACUUGGGCAACCUGGCAGUCUCCCAGCCAUCACGCUUCCCUCUGGUGGCAUGGCGACUAGACACCGAAAGAGCGUUACCGAUGAACGAAUCAGCCAGCUCAAACAUUGGCGUGUUUCCGACCUCAGAUGUAAGGUUACGUUGGAGUUUCGAUUACUUCAAACUUUACCCGCCUGUCCUUCAUCACCAGGUCUUCUUCAGGCCAGAACUCCCCAAGAAAUACGAAUUGAAUUCACCCCAACAGACUAUACCACCUGUAGGCUUCAACUGAUGCUGAAAGUUUCCCAGUUCAACUUCACACCGCAGUUCUGUACAGUGAUUGGGUGCUCCGAACCGGGUUUGGAAAGUGAAUCUACGUCUCUCUUAUUUUCAAAAUUGAAAUUAUCUAUUCGGUUUUUAAUUGAAAGUGAGAAAUUAAAGGAGACGUGGACAAAGAACGGAGAGACUUCCGAUCAAGCAUCUAUUAUCUUACCACCCCUGGAGCGAGUUGCGGCAUUCAAAAGGGUGAAGAAGCCUGGAAAACCUGGAAUGAAAACGAAACCAAAAGAGCAUAUUUUCUCGUAUUCUCCGACUGAUGGACAGGUCAUGGAGUUCGAAGCGGCUGUGCGACAAGAUGCCACUGAGGAAAGACGAAACCAAGUGCGCUGGCAAACCAAACUUGGUGGACAACCUUUGACCCCUGAACAGCGAGAUAAAACAGAAGACGAAUGGAUUCAGGCCUGGAACAAUUAUUUCGUGAGUUUUAAAAAAAGGAGCGAUUUUGCGGAAAAACUUCCGUUUUGCACUGCUCAUCGCGGACUGCAAAGACAUCAUACUUCAGGCGAUCGUUGCAGUGGUCAUUCUGACCUCUUUGUAUCUACUCACAAUACCAACACUGGAAAUCCAGAUUUCCUUCGUCAAAACUCUUUGGGAACAGAUGACGUGCCCAGAGACAUUUCGGAAAAAAUCGGUGAACCAAUACCACCACUGCCUUUGGACGUAUACGGCAUUUCGAUGCCGAAAUACUGGAGGCAGCGAGACCUGAUAGAUCCUGUUUCAAGGUCACAAGCCCCGGUCUCUACGGAAGACAACAGUCACGACCUAACUGAGUUAACUUCAUCUUUUAUCGAACCCAAUCGACCAUGGCCUAUUUUCCAAAUCCAGGAUCCUUGGCAGUGGCAGAUUGCCGGUUGUCAAAAGUUUGAUCCACUGGACGCACGCAGCAUGAUAUUUUUGGAAAAUAAGGAGGUUCGGGCUCAUUCACAAUCUGUUGUUACCUUUUUGGAGAAGGUCACUGCACCAACACCAACCAUGUCAUCAGAACAAGCUCACGCUGGUCAUUCUGGUGAGAAGGAACUGAACAAUGUGGACAACAUGAGUCCUGCGGUCUGACUGAGCAUAAAGCUGUCCAAAGUUUCGUGACGAAAACGAUUCCUUCGCCACAAUGUGUCGAGGCAUUGGGAAAAGAACGUCUCUGUAUUCCUGAAAUAUUUUGACUUCCCAGAUAAGUAGGAAUGUUUUAGAACAUCAUGAGCCUUUGAAUUAAUCGAACGAUUCCAC